UACUUAUAGUGAGAUCAAAAGGAGAAAAGUACGAGAGGAGUGAUUGUGGGCUCUACAGAAAUGGGAAGGAAACCCUACUGUGUGAAAGAGGGACUCAACAGAGGGACAUGGUCUGCUUUGGAAGAUAAAAUUCUCUGCAACUACAUUGAAAUCUAUGGAGAAGGCAAAUGGAAAGAGGUUCCUCCGAGAGCUGGUUUGAAGAGAUGUGGGAAGAGUUGCAGACUGAGAUGGUUGAAUUACCUGAGGCCUGAUAUUAAGAGAGGCAACAUCUCUGAGGAUGAAGAAGAGCUCAUCAUCAAGCUGCAUAAGCUCCUUGGUAAUAGGUGGUCGUUGAUCGCCGGAAGGUUACCGGGACGAACAGACAAUGAAAUCAAGAACUACUGGAACACCAACUUGAAGAAGAAACUUCUGCCCCAACAUUCUCCUCACAAACAACGAACUAAAUUCAAAUCCAACACCCCUCUCCCUCGAAAUUCCUCGUCUCAUCAUACAGUCAUCCGAACCAAAGCCGUUAGAUGCAUGCAACUCGAUUUCAGUCAUGCAUUUCCGACUAGGUCGCAGCCCGGAACUCUUUGUCCUCCGGAUUUCGAUAUGGGACAGGUUUUUGGAUCAGAUGGCUUCAGCUCUUUCUUCCACCCAAGUGAAGGGAUGACUGAAGAUAAUAACGUGGUGGGCGGAGACUUACCAUCAAGUUGGCCGGAGUUGUCUUUUUCAACCAAAUGAAGAUGUGGAGGGAGAUAUUGACACCUUUUCUAAAUUUUCGCUAACUAGUGAGAAUAUUAACAA